AUGUUUUUCUUCAUAGUGAGGGCUUUAAAAAUGGACCAGGCAUUGCUGACAGUGAACAACGACCUGAAGUCUGGCAUCAAAGUUUCCUACAUCUCCGAUCACUGCUAUAAGUGCCUGUUCCAGCCCCUGCUCAUCCUCUCAGACGGCCCCAGCAACGCGUCCGUCCCCCUGAGCACCCGUUUCACCUUGACUCUCUCUGUGGAGACUGACACAGGGGACAGUGCCCCCUGCAGGUGGAGCCAGCUGUACGGCCAAUCAGGACAUUACUCCGUACGGGUCCAGCUUUCAGGUUACCCUGACAACAUCACCUGUGUUCGGACCAUAGACAAGGAACCAAUCAACAGCUACUUACCUCUUCUAGCCGCAGCAGUGCUCCUGCUCUUAUUGGCUGUUCUGUUUGUCUCAACGCCCUAUCUCUACAGAUGGCUGAAGAGAUCGAAGUUCAACAACUUCCUGUCUUGUAGGAGAACAGAGUCUUCUCUGGACUGUGAUGCGAGCUGCAGUGGGGACGUUGAGCAGACUAAACCUGUGUCUUCACGGCUGAGGUCUUUGGACACAUUCCGGGGACUUUCUCUGAUUGUCAUGGUUUUCGUGAACUAUGGAGGAGGGCGAUACUGGUUCUUUCAGCAUGCGCCAUGGAACGGUCUGACUGUUGCUGAUUUUGUCAUGCCAUGGUUUGUGUUCAUCAUGGGGACCUCGGUGGUGCUGGCCUUCAGCUCGCUCCGGAGGAAGGGAACCUCGUCUCUGCAGCUGCUGAGGAAGCUGACCUGGAGGAGCGCCGUCCUCAUCCUCAUCGGAUUCUGUUUCAUCAACUACAGCCCGAGAGACGGCCUACUUUCCUGGUCCUGGGCACGGGUUCCUGGGGUUCUGCAGAGGCUUGGGUUCACCUACUUCAUUCUGGGCUUGAUGCAGAUACUCUCUCCAGGGAGAAACGUCCCGCAGGAGGAGCAUCGCUGGUGGACUCCGCUGCAGGAUGUGGUUCUGUACUGGCCACAGUGGGUCUUCAUUAUUCUCCUGGAGGCUGUGUGGCUUUGUGUCACUUUCCUGCUGCCUGUCCCCGGCUGUCCCACAGGUUAUGUUGGAGCAGGUGGACUAGGAGAUGGUGGUCUCUACCCAAACUGCACUGGGGGUGCGGCUGGCUACAUUGACAGAUGGUUGCUAGGGGACAACAUUUACAGGCACCCUACAUGCAAGGAGCUGUACCGCACCACCCAACCCUUUGACCCCGAGGGGGUUCUGGGUACAAUCAAUUCGGUGGUAAUGGGAUUCACCGGAAUGCAGGCGGGGAAGAUCCUCCUACUUUACCGUAAAAGGAACUCCUGCAUUCUGAAACGUUUCCUCAUCUGGGCCACCCUGCUGGGAGCUGUCACGGCCGCCCUCACUAAGUGCACGCGAGACGGAGGAUUUAUACCUGUCAAUAAAAACCUCUGGUCUCUGUCUUAUGUCACCUGCAUGGGCUCCACCUCCUUCCUUCUUCUGGCUCUCAUGUACGUCUUGAUCGACAUCCAGGGCUGGUGGGCGGGCCAGCCCUUCAUCUAUCCAGGGAUGAACUCCAUCUUCGUGUACGUGGGCCACUCUCUCCUGGGGGCCUACUUCCCCUUCAGCUGGGAGAUGAGGUUCACAGGGGAGCACUGGGAGGCCCUCUUCCAGAGCUUGUGGGGCACGUCUCUGUGGGUCUGCAUCGCCUACCUGCUGUACAGGAAGAGCUUCUUCCUCAAGAUCUAGCCUGGAGUGUGAAGUCGCCGUCUCCAA